AACUAUUCACAAUAUGUCAUGAAAUUGAUCGAAGAAUCGUCUGGUAUUGGGUUGGACAAUUUUAUUUCAUUUGAAUUAUUUGUACAUUUGUACGAUGGCGAACACCAUAAAUUGGAAAAACCAUGUACUGAUUUAAUUGUAAUUGUCAAAGAAUAUCUUGAACAAGUUUUGUUACUCUUGUUUGAUAAAAUAUUUUCCAAUACAACGUAUCCACGUUUAAUUCAACAUUUGCCAGAUGCUAUCAAAACACAAAUAGAUCUUGCUGAAGAAGAGUGUUUGAAACGUGUUACUGAACUAUUAGAAAUGGAACAACGUCCAUUUACACUAAAUGAAAGGUAUCUGGAGAUAAUCAAUAAAAUUCAACUAGCACAUAAUGAACACAAAGAAAAAGCGAAUAAAAACAAUACUCCAUCAGUCAAAACAGAAAUAAGAACUGCACUAACGGUACCAUUUGAAUUCGACGGUUUACGUAUUGAAUUAUUAGCGGAGAAAGAGACAGCUAAUUAUUUACAAAUCGCCUUACAUUCAUAUUGUAAAAUUGUUCAGCAACGUGUUAUCGAUAAUGUUAGCAUGAUUUGCUACUAUCAGUUUAUUACAAAAUGUGCUAUGACAUUAGAUAAAAAAUUAUUAACGAUGUUCACGUCAUCGGAGCUAUUUAGUUUGAUGAUGGAACCAGUCGCACAAAUGCAAAAACGUAAAGUGUUAACAGCAUCUAUUGACGUGUUUGAAAAAGCUCUUAAAUUAGGACAACAACAUGUUUAA